AUGAAACAGGAUUGGGAAAAUCCACCACUUUCCCCGUGGGGUCUUAUGCGAGGAAACACGACAUCGCUUCCGAGACAAUGCAAGACAUUUCCUCGGAAAGAAACAGCAAACUCUAGAACGACCAGCCUUGUUGUCUUUCCAGAUGUUCCAUGCAUCGACUCUACGAGAGUUCUUCUUACAUUCCUUCGUCCUGAAGUUGGCUAUGGUUACAUCCAUGCGAAUCGGAUUGAUUAUCCUACGCUUAAAAACAAAUACAUUGUAACUCAAAGUUCUAGUACAUCCCUACACGCCGAUAAACUUGUUGGUUUGUCGUUGUCAUCAUUGAGUACAGCUGAAGAUCUCCGACAUUUCGCUAGGGUCCACUUCCAAGUACGGUGA